AUGAGUUAUUCUAUAAUGUAAAUACUUAGCUUGUUCUAAGAGAAUGAUGAUCAUAAUAUUCACAAUAUAAGCUUUUUAAGUGAUUCAGAACCUAAAACUCCUGCUUUUAAAUAUGAAAAAGAAUAACUCAUAAGAUAAAUUAAUGAAGUUAGACAAUAAAACUAAAUUCUUCAAAAUGAAUGUCAAAACUAAAUUAUGAAUUUAAGUGAAAAACUAGGUAAUAUUUAUAUAUAAUCUUAGCUCAUUCAUAAAUUAUAUAGAGUGAAAUUGAGAAAUAUAAAGAGUAAAUGAAAUAUGAGUUAAAUUAAAAUUAACUUCUGACAAAACAAUUCCUUUAAAAGCAUGAGACCUGUUUCAAUUUAAAAUAAAAAAUAUUACAAUAAAAGAAAUCUAAUAAGAUCAAUUAUGAAGAUCCUGGAAAAAGAAUAACCACUUGUCCUAGUGAAACAUCCACAGUACAAAGUCCUUUAUUUGUUAUACCAUAAUCCCCAAAAAUCAAAAAGUUGCACUAUAAUUCAUUUAAUCAUCAUUUUUGA